GAAGUACGUCAUAGAGAUACAGGUCAGGAUUAUUUGCUGCAGGCUGACUGGAGAGACACACUUCUGGACAUGAAGGAGAAGCUCAGCAUCUCCCUCCACCUUCUCUAACCUUCUCUAACAGCACACACAAUCAUCAUGUACAGCAUCGUAGUAGAAAAUAUCUACCUGCUGGUCAUUGUCACCCUCAUCAGUGUUCUUCAGAACGCAUUCUUUCUCCUGAAGGUAGAGAAGGAGUGCAAAGGUGUACAUAAAAACCCAGCUGCUUUUGAACGAGUUUCUUGUGCCAACCGUAACUGCAUGGAUGCUUAUCCAACGUUCCUGGCAGUGAUGUGGUGUGCUGGUCUGUGUCUGAGUCAAGCUCCUGCUAGCUUUGCUGGGAUCAUCUAUCUUGUAGUCAGACAGAAGUACUUUGUUGGAUACAUGGGACAAACCUCUCAAAGCACCCCAGGCUACCUGUUUGGAAAACGCGUCCUCUUCUUCCUGUUCCUGAUGUGCAUUGUGGGCAUCUUCAACUACCUGCUGGUGCGCUUCUGCAGCAGCGACUAUAAGGAAUACGUGGAAACCAUCACCAGCGCUGCAUCUGCUCUUCUCCUCCUCCCUUAGAGCAUUGUGUGUCACAUAAUGGCACAAACAACACUUCCUCAUUUGUCUAUUAAUUGAUAACAACUAAAAUAACAGUCUGAUUUCAUUUCUGUUUCUAUAAAGAGAAAAUUGUGUGUCAGUUUGGUAAUCAAAUACAAUUUCAUAAACAAAUUGGGAUUAUUCAGUACAAAAGUCUUAAACAUUUAAUUCUGCAAUGCCGAUUUGACCCUUUCAACUCAAAUCAAGUUAGGGCAACAUCUGUUUACUAUCAAAAAACACAUUAAAAAAAACAUUUUAACACAAAA